AUGGAUUCCACAUCAAUCCAAUUCACCCCCAAGGAGGGACGUCGGGUUCUUGGGGACAAAGACGCCAACGCGUGUCUGACACCAGCCCACCGAAACAAACAAUCUCUCUCCGAGUCACCCGUCAAGCGAACACCUUUCACGCCGGCAUCUUCUAAAGUGCUUCUGCCCUCACCUAUAUUUGCAGGUCAAAAACGGACGAGGGACCAGGUUGAUGAAGUCGAUGUUAACCCCGGACACGUGCAGGCGGGGGUGAAGCUGGAGAGUAGUCAGUCGCCCGUCAACGACAAUAAUUGUGAACAUCAAAACCAAGAAACAGAUGCGAUGGACGUCCGCGUCUCAACACCACCAAAAACAGAACCCGAUCAAUCCCAACAACAGAUGGAUUCACAAGGGUCUUCUGCAGUAUCUCCUAGUAUCCAAGAAACACAAACAGUACCUGAGGACCCAGAUGCGCGAAAAAUCUUCAUUCGAAAAAAAGCAGCCCUUCUCCGAAGUACCCUACAAACCGCCAUGCGUAAUGUCACCAAUCACCAUAUCGAUCGUCGCGUUUCAAACCUGGAGGACCACAGCCGAAAUUGUCCCAGAAUCUCCUUCUCCGCUCUGUCUUCGACUUCUUCCAUGAGAAAGCCCGCCACAAAUCCAUUCCAAACACCCCGAAUUGGCACCUCAGGAUUUAUAAUCUCUACACCUUUCCAACAGACUCCUGAUCUUCCAAUACGAUCGUCCUCGAUUGUUGAUUCCGCAGAACGACCCAAGGCAUUUCAGCACACUCCGCGCAGAUUGGGAUCUCCAAUGCAGUUAAGUAGCCCUACAGCGACAGCCACUCGUCAACGUACUCGUGAGCUAGAAGAGGCAGAUACUGGGGCAGAGGCAGAAAUGAACGACGAUUUGUCGCCGUCACAGCGAGGUGAUGCAGUAGACGGGCUGCUAAAACUUAUGAAAACGGCUUAA